AUGCCAGCCUUCACCCUAUAUGGCGCGCGCGGCUCGACCAACACCGAUCGUGUCCGUCUCACCCUCGCCGAAGGAGGCUUCACCGACUACGACUUCGUUCUUGUCAACCUCCAGAAGAGAGAGCAGAAGUCAGAAGAGAACAUGAAACGUCACCCGUGGGGUAAAAUCCCCGUCGUCGUUUUCCCCAGCGGGUUCACUCUGUACGAGAGUCGUGCGAUCUGCAAAUACCUGACACGGAAGUACUCCUUUCCACUACUCCCAUCGGCCUCGGAUGUCGAAGCCACGGCGCUUUUCGACCAGGCCGAGUCUGCAGAAAUACUCUACUUCGCAGAACCGGCAGGGAAGAUCGCCUUUGAGAAAUUUGCGAAGCGGUUCAUGGGCCUGCCUCCCGAUGAGACCAUUGUUUCGGAUGCGCUGCAGUCGGUCGAGAUGUUCUUCGAUGUUGCAGAUCGGCUCUUGCGGGACAGAGAGUUCAUGGCCGGAAAUGCCUUUACUCUCGCGGAUAUCUAUUACAUACCACUGGUCCAACGGCUUUUUGCGAGCGGGUAUGGGGAUGUCAUCUUCAGUCGCGAGGCUGUGAGUGCUUGGUGGAAGCGCUGCAUGGAUAGGCCGGCUAUACAGAAGAUGCUGGCUGCCGACAGGGACGCCAUGGCAAAUGUUGGUAAAUAG